AUGAUUAAGGAAGUCCUAAGAGAGGCUGAACAGCGAAGCAAGGAGAUCCGGCAUGGAUAUGGAUCAGUGCUGAAGGCUUAUGAGAAACUGAAGCAUUUGGUCGCACACGAGCCAUUCUUUCAAAAGAAUUGCAAGUUGCCGCGCUUUGAAGUACUUGGCAAGUGUGUCUGCCCGGCAGGUACAACAUGGGACUCCGAUGAGGAGAUGUGCUUAGAAGAUACCGGCCUAAUGUAUUUCUACAUGUACAGAGCGCAGAGUGAACACAACUAUCCCAUGAGCAACGUCGACAUGGCUGAUUUGGCCGGGGUUCUGUAUUACCUUCACCAUGAAAUUGUGAAGACCAACUCCACGCCUGGUGUGCGAAUGAACGGAAUCACACGCAUUCUCCGCUGGCUAGUAGCUGUGAGACCAUCUCAAGAAGUGAGGCGGCAGAGUCUGCAGUUCAUGCCUUUCGUAGCUUUUGAUUCGGGCAGAUGUAGUGUUCCAGGCUGCAAUCGUCUGUGGGAUCACUAUGGCUUUGCCGUUGGCUGCCAGCGAAUGGCCCAACAUGGAGCAGAUGCAAAAUAUGGUUAUACAGCUCCCAACAAUCCUUUUGGUGCCUGGUUUUCUUUGCCUGGCCCAUGCCCUGAAUUGCGGCUCGGGGAGAAGGAUGGACAAUGCAUGACGACAUACAGAGGAGGAUUGUGCGAGGACGUUACGCAGUUCGAGCACUGCACUUACAGUGCUGACUUUGCGGGUGAACUUUUCCUCGAUGAGAUAGAAGGCGUCGGGAACUUCAAGCAUUGGCAGUCCAAGGGCAAUCGGGAGUAUGAUCCCACAACAGACAAAGGGACUGGCACAUCAUUCUGGAACUUUCGAGCCAGCAGUGCUUGGUGUGAUCGAAGGAUGGCUCGAGUACAUGAGCUGUUUGAGCAGCGAUAUCCUCUGCUGCCGGAUGACCUUCCGGCGCCAGCUUGUUAA